AUGUACAAGGUGAAUGGAACUCAGCAGGAGCUGAAGGCAACAGCCACUGCCUUGCAAGAUGCUAUUAACAAGCUCCAACAUGAGUACAAACGUCUUAGCCAGAUCACCAUUGGAUCUGGAGAUGAAGAACAGGAUCCUAACAAGCUAUCCACAUCAGAGCAAAAACUGGUCAGGCUCUGCUCCAGAAAUAGGAGAUGCCUUUCUAGACUAAUGGCAGUAGAGUGGGAUGCAGACAAGAAAUCAGAAUCUAGCUCCAUUGUAUCUUCAGAAUUGAGCUCUGAGGAUAUAUCACCAUCAUCAGACCCACUGGAUUCAGACGAAUCCACCGACUCUCCUCCUAAUGGCCCUACUAGGAGGGAAUACACCAGAGAGUACAGUCUCAGGGACUCUGGAAAUGGGGAUUCCGGCGACUCUGGGAUCUACCGCCGGGACUCUGACAGGUCUCACAAAUUGGACACCUCAAAUUGUGGUGACUUGGACACAAUUAAUGAGGAAGAUUUGUCAGCAAUUAUGAGGCCGAAGACCAUUGUUACCGACCUGGAAACAUGUAAAGAUUUUGUGCAGAGUUUGGCGGAACAGGUGCAGGCCAUGCAGGAGGCAUUGAGAAAGAGCAAAGAUGAUUUGUUAGAAGUAGAUGAAGAAGAGUUAGAAGAAGAAAGAGAUAUGGUUGUAGAUGGUAUGGAAGAAGUCGUGAAGCAUGAUAAUGAUAGAGUUCCAGAGGUUGAAGAUAUCUAUGAGACAACACCAAUGAUUGAGGUCAGGGUCAACUCAGAGAGAAAUGAAGGACACCAGCAUGAUGGACAUCAAAAUGGAGGAAAUAUUUUCUGGGAAAGUGAACCACUCUCAGUCAGAGAGCGUGUCAUGCAGAUUGACAGGGCUACGCUCGGACGGGAACACCGGUUGUCAUAUAGGGGGCGCUCCUCUCCAAUAGAAAGAGAUUCCUAUGCCAGUCGGGAGUCUCAUUUCAGCCUUCUCAGUCAUGAAUCACACAGCAGUCACCUGUCAAGAGGCAGUCAAGAAUCGCAUCAAAGUCUGAAAUCAUCGCUGGAUUCCCAUGCUAGCCAUGCUUCCUUUGGUCAUCAUGAACUACACGGAACCUUUGACUUGCCAGGUAUGAGGGAGUCAUAUAGCAGUCAUGGGUCAAAUAAGAGUUAUGAUUCCAAGAGCAGUAGUCUUGUCAAUGGGGAUCACAGUCCAAUCCCAAAACGUAUCUCAAAUGAGAGUCAACCCAGGGAUAGGUCACGUGGUACACCUAGUCCUCCGCCAUCAAAAUUCACCAAUGGGCCAUUGAGGUCAAGCAAUCCUGUAAAUAAUGUACAAAAGAUCACUAAUGGUACAACCAGUCAAUCCAAUACGAACGGUACUUCAGGUAAACCCAGACCGCCUGCCAGGCAGAACAUCCCACCAACAAAACCCAUUCCUCCUGCAAGACCAAACGGGAUUACUAAAAUGAAUGGACAAUCACUUCCUAAUGGGGUAGUCAAGCCAGCAAGGACAAGUGGUCCACCCAUUAGGAGUACACCAACCAGUCAGGUUGUGGAUGAUGGUGGAUAUGAGACACCUAUCCAAUGCAAACCUAUUCCACCUGCACGUAAUAUGGCUGGCCAGAAGCAAAGAUCAUCACAUGUGCAAGCAGACUAUGAGGAAGUUAUUCAAUUACCUGGAAAUGUCUGUGAUAAUCAAACUACCGGUCUGUGUGUUCGGACCUCUAAGAAAGACGACUAUAUUCAUGUGUCUUCAACCUAUGAAGUGACCGACAUUCAAGCCACUGGAAAUCAACCAAGUCGUAACGAUAGUGACAAAAGCACAAACGGCACCAGUAACGGUGUCCAGAGGACUGUCGAGGAAGAGGGCGCCAUUUAUGAGUUCCCUCCUGAUACAUGUCUUGAGGAAGAAGUGCCUCGGCCUGUAUCUGCAAUGGAAGAGGAGCCUCCUAAAGAAUGCUUUGAGGAACAUAUCCCACCCGAACCAGUCAUAUACAAGUAUGAUGGACCUGAGGUGUUUGGAGAUAACAUCAAAACGGAACCUGCUAGAUUUGAGGAGAGAGAUGCCAUUAAGAAAUGGGAUCCAGUAAGUAUAUAUAUAUUCUGAUAAACAGAUAAUCAGACAUAGCUGUUAUUAAGUAUAAUUGAAUAUUUGUAAAUUCAAUUGCUAGUUAUAACUGGUUAGUUAUAAUUGCUUUAUUACUGCUUUUCACUAUAGAUGCACUUGCAUACCCAUUUGCUUACAAAAUCUAUAUGUCAUCUCCUCAUUAUAUGGUCAUACAGUAUGUCUGUAAUGAUACAAACAUCUCAUCAAUGGGGAAAGGGCCGGCACUCAGCUGUUUUGCUAUUCACAUGUGC